AGAUUUAUUAGCCUAGUAAACAUCAGUACGCUAACCGAUAAAAAGUAACAAAAUAAUGGAAUAACACAGUCAAGAAAUUUAAAAAUGUUUGACUUCUUACUUUGUCAUUUUGGAAACUUGCUGCAGACUAUGAGAUAGUGUGGUUAAGCAGAAGAGACAUAAAGAUGUUGAUGACACCUAACUCUGUUUUCAGUGCUCAAAAAAAUCUAGUUUGGGAAGGAGUCUACAAGCCAUGGGUAUGCUGAGCAAACUUGCUUUAUUAGGGGCUGUUGCCGUAGUUGGCAUUGGAGUGCUUUGCAAUCUGCCAUCUAAUCCAUUUGUUCCUAAGCCACAACAAGCAACUCUUGCGUAUUUGGCAAACACAAAACUUCAAACACUAGGGAGUGAACCAAAAGAAUUCUUGGCAUCACUAUUAUGGGUCAAAAAUGGUGCUGUUAUCAUGGCGGUCAGGAGACCAGGAUGAUUAUUGUGCAGGGAGGAAGCCUUAGAACUGUCCUCCCUGAAACCUCAGCUUGACGGCCUGAAUAUUCCUCUGUACGCUGUCGUACAUGAGGAUCUCGGUGUCGCUGAGUUCCAACCAUUUUUUAAAGGAGAAAUUUUUCUUGAUAAAGAGCGCCGUUUCUAUGGGCCUGUGGAAAGAAAGAUGCUUUGGACAGGUUUGCUUAGGUUAAGUGUCAUUUCUAAGAUAUGGAGCACCAAAAAAAAGGGCAUUGAAGGCAACCUGGAGGGAGAAGGGCGCAUUUUAGGAGGUGUGUUUGUGGUUGGACCAAAAGAUCAAGGAAUUCUUUUUGAACACAGAGAGAAAGAAUUUGGAGAUUACGCUAAUACAACACAGUUGUUAAUUGCAGCAUUAAAAAUAUCAUCCCUCAAAGCUGCUGGUAAAUCCUAGAGUGUUGGGUUAUCUAUGUAACUAAUUUAUUUUUUUGUACAUGAACUUCAGUCUCUUACUUAGCCAUCUCCUAAAUGAACAUGUUUUCAAAUAGAUUAUCAUAGUUUUUGUUUGUACAUGAUUGUAUGAGUGGGACACCUCAGCUAUUAGGUGUGUACAUGUUUUUAAAAAAUCUAAAAUUCUAAUUUCAUCUAUUUGUACCUGGACAUUAGAAUGACGCUGCAAGCUGAAAUUAUUAUUAGCUUGUUGCUGAUGUACCAACAAUGUCACAGUUAUAAAAGGAUGAAAAGAAUUUUAAAUUUCUAUAUAUAAGAGAAAUGUAAGCAAAUUUGUUUUAGUAGUGUGGUUCAACCAUAUUAAAACUUUCAGCGUUACACAGAUCAUUUCUACUUUGCCAUGUUUAUUGUUGACACAAAUGUGAUGGAAGAAAAUUUCUUUACAAAAAAAAAACACCAAUAAAUAUGUAACAUUGUAUUUUUAUCAGAAAGUUUUUUUUGGUGUUUUUUUUUAUUACUAGGGAAUGUUUUAUUUCAACGCCACUAAGUGGUUCAUUUCUUACAGCAUGUGAAGUGUUAACUCACUUAUCCUAAUGUUAACACAAAACCAUUUCCAUGUAUUUGUUGUCAGAUAUAGUUCACCAUUUUUUUCCCAUUUUGGUUGUGUAAAAAUAAAUGUUUCUCCAGUUUUUUCAA